CGGCGUCCUUUCUAUAAAUCGCAAUGGCUUCAUCUCUCUUCAGCCAUUCUAGGAGAGAUUCCCUAUUGUUAUGUCCCUUGUGUGAUGAGGGUCUCAAAAACCCAAGUGCGCUACCUUGUUCUCACAUUUUCUGUGAAUCAUGCAUUAAAUCUUACGUGACCGGAUUUUCUCAAAACGGGAAACUUCCAAACAUCGAAGUACCAUGCCCUGUUUGUAGAGAAGCUAUGCCACUCAUUGAGGAUAUCUUUUCUCCAACGCCAUUGUCUCACAGGUCCAAGCGGUAUUCGUCGUCUUAUAACGACCUUUUGGACUCAUCUCAGACUCCGAUGACUGCAAAAUUGAGUCCGCGAUCAACUACAGGCUUACCUGGUUCCCAAAGUGCUCGCAAUACUCUACAACACCCAAAACUGCAGAUUUCGGAACGUCCAUUUUCUUCCUUUAUGGACAAAACUUUUCAGGUGAGAUUUUGCGAACCAUGUCAAGGUAAAGGGGAACCGCUCAAGGCCGCGUCUCACUGGUGUGUUAACUGCCAGGAAGGGUUGUGUGCAUUCUGCAUCGACCAGCAUAAAAGCAUGAAACUUCUGAAAGAUCAUGAGAUUGUUGACAUAUUUUCCUUGAAACCAGAACAUGUGUAUGACAAGGAAAGCACAACCACUUGUUCUUUCCAUACUGAGAAAGAAUUGGAUUUGUUUUGCGUGGAUCAUGCAUGUCUUGUGUGCGUGACUUGUGUUGCGUUGGAUCAUCGAAAAUGCGGAAACGUCAAGCAUGUGGAAGAAGUGGAAGUGGAAAAAGACCUUGGAAUAAAUCUCGAUAAUUUGCUGGAUGAAGUGGAAGAAUGUGCUCUGUACGCAGACUCCGUCAUACAAUUCAAAGGCGAAAAUAAGAAGAAACUGAUAAAAGAAAAAAGGCAAGCUACAGAGAAGGUGGCAGCAAAGAUAAAAGAUUUCAAGAUGGUUUUGGACACCAUGGAAUCAAAAGCAGUGCAGCAAAUAGAAAAAGUCCAUCAAGGAGAAAUGGAUCUGUUGGAUGAGCAAAUUGCACGUUACAGAAAAAUGAUGAACGCCAUGGUUGACAGAAAAGAGAAACUUGAUUCAAGUAUCAAGAGGAACAUCAAGGGUCACAUACUUUUCCAUGCUCCUGCUGCUGACGAAUUAAAGAGGUACACGGAAAAAGAAUUUGUAUCUGAUAAAAACGCUAACAAGCAGAGGUCUUACAAUUACACUUUCUCGCCUGAUUUUGAGGAAAACGCUUUGGCAGAGAAAGUAAUCGGUCAUCUUACUGCUCAUGACAACAAAAUAAAAGUGGCAGACCCUCCAAAGCACAAGUCUCUGUCUGACAGCGCUGUCGAGAAACUGUCUCAGUUUAGUGGAGGUAUCUCAUCUGAUCUCAAGGUUUGCAAUUUUACUGGAGCAGUCUACAUGGAGAAUGGAAAUAUCAUUCUUGCAGAUAAUGAAAAUGGAAGUCUUAAACUCUUCAACCAAGAUGGAAAAUUCAAGCAUAGUCUCAGCUGUGGAGACGUCAAGUUUGAUGCACCGUGGGACAUGACAAGCAUUGAUGGAGACCACAUUGCUGUAACCUUUCCACACCGGAAGAAGAUAAGAAUUUACCGAGUCCGGGAAAGUAUUGCUCCCGUCAGAUACUUUGAAACUUACGGGGCCUGUAGAGGAAUCGCCUUCCAUAAUGACGGAUUCAUCGUCACUUUCUCUGAAAUGGGCAAAUUCAAAGCGGCCAUAAAAUUCAUCGACAAACGAGGAAAAAUUUCUAAGAUUCUCCACGGAGAUAAAACCGGAAUCAACAAACUUAAAGGACCGUAUUACAUAUCAUCUCGUCCGGACGAAAACGGAAGGUUCUUCGUCACAGACAUACGACAACACAUGCUUCUGGUUGUUAACCCUGAUCAAACCAUAGAACUGGUCCUCCAGGACGAAGUGAACCUAAAAGGUGCCGCUGGCGUGGAGGUGGACAUCGACAAUAAUGUGUACGUUUGCAGCAAUGGAGCCAGUCUAGUUGUUCGUCUUGUGGAGAACUUCACGAAACAGCAGGUCAUCAUAGACAAAGUCAAAUACCCCGUUAAACUGUGCUUCAAUCCACGACUGAGAAACAUCUUCUUCAUUACAAAUCAAUCUAUCGAUGCCUGUGACAAUGUGUUGAUAUAUAAUCAAUGCUAG